UCAAAAUUUGGAUAAUCCGGAGUCCGGAGCGGUAUACAAUUUGGAUCCGCCUUGUUUAAUCAUAUCGGGCACACAUCUUAUCCAAUGUCCCUAUCGAUCUUCAACAAGUGGAAAGCCGCGACAAACAGCUCGAGUUUUAGGUUGUUUUCAGUCUAAGUUUACUUUUACUUCUGCAACACAAUUCUAGACUGAAGUCCCACCCCAAAACAAUCGACGAGUUGAAGAAGGAUAAGGAUUCUGACAGCGAUGGCAGAUCGUCAGACCAACUCAACGACGACUAUACUUCACAACGCCGUCAUCGUCACCGUGGACCCCGACUGCCGGGUCUUCCGCAACGGCGCCGUCGUCAUCGAGCACGACUCCAUCACAGCCGUUGGUCAGUCUUCCGAGAUUCUUCGCCAGUUCUCUGCUCAAGCUCAUCAGAUUCUCGAUCUCAACGGCCACAUCGUACUUCCUGGAUUCAUAAACACACAUGUACACACGUCUCAGCAACUAGCGCGGGGAAUAGCCGAUGACGUCGAUUUGAUGACGUGGCUGCACGAGAGGAUUUGGCCUUACGAAUCAAACAUGACUGAGGAAGAUUCAUACAUUUCUACUCUGCUUUGUGGAAUUGAGCUCAUUCACUCUGGUGUAACUUGCUUUGCUGAAGCAGGAGGGCAACAUGUGUCAGGAAUGGCGAGGGCGGUUGAGUUGCUGGGGUUACGCGCGUGUUUAGCCGAGUCCGUUAUGGACUCUGGCGAGGGCCUGCCCACAACUUGGGCUUCUCGGAGUACUGAUGAUUGUAUUCAGUCUCAGAAAGAGCUUUACAAGAAGCACCAUAAUACAGGUGAUGGGCGCAUCAGAGUGUGGUUAGGAAUUAGGCAGAUCAUGAAUGCAACAGAUAGUUUGCUACUUGCAACAAGAGAUAUGGCAAAAGAACUGAAAAUUGGAAUCCACAUGCAUGUUGCAGAGAUAGCAUAUGAGAACCAGUUUGUGACAGAUACUAGAAAAGUUGACCAUGGAACAGUCACACACUUGGAGCAGAUAAAGUUUCUUCAAAACAAUUUGCUAGCGGCUCAUACAGUUUGGGUCAACGAUUCUGAGAUUGAUUGUCUUUCAAGGGCUGAGGUAAAAGUAUCUCACUGUCCUGCUGCUGCAAUGCGAAUGCUUGGAUUUGCGCCUAUUAGAGAGAUGAUUUCUUCUGGCAUCUGUGUCUCCUUGGGAACAGAUGGGGCCCCAUCAAAUAAUAGAAUGAGCUUAGUUGAUGAGAUGUACCUGGCCUCUCUGAUUAACAAAGGACGGGAAGUUUACACGAAUGGAACAACUGAUCCCACUGCCCUUUCUUCUGAAACAGUUCUCAAGAUGGCGACUAUAAAUGGUGCAAAAUCUGUACUCUGGGAUAAUGAAAUAGGGUCCCUUGAAGUUGGGAAAAAGGCUGACCUGGUUGUUAUCAAUCCUUCCGCUUGGACCAUGAUUCCUCUCCACGAUUGCAUUUCCAGCCUUGUGUAUUCCAUGCGGAGUGAAAAUGUUGUCUCUGUAAUGUGCAAUGGCAAAUGGAUUAUGCAGGAUAAGAAGAUUUUGAAUGUGGAUGAGGGACCAGUUCUUUCAAUGGCCAAGCAAGCUUCUGCAGAAAUUGUAAAGAGGGCAGGCAUCAAAAUACCAAACAGGAUGAACUUUCUCUGAGGGUCUACUUACUGACGUCCGCUAGCAGCCUGAUUGGUGUUCUUCAUUACAGCUAAUUUAUUUAGUCUCUCGUUUCUUCUCAAAAAGAGAAAAAACUAUCGUUACUUUAAAAGAGAGUGAACAAGAUGUAUAAUGUACAGUUGCAGUCUUUGGUGAUAUUAGCCAUUAAAACCUGGUGAUCGUUUGUGAUUUACCUUCGUUCUUAUGGUUUUGAUGUAAAUUAGUCACCUGUGUAUCA